ACUACUGGAGCUACACAUCCGUUGUUGAGACGGAGUCGAGAUGGGGAACAAUCCGCCACGUCAACGAAGAUCCACGGAGCCAACACAGACCAGACAAGUUGGAACUGCUCCCAGGAGAAGAUCUUUGGAAACGGAGACAAAAUCAAGGAACCCAGCUGCAAGCAGGAGAUGUUUAUCCCAUGCGAACGCGGCGCUACGACCUAGAGUGAGGACAAAAUUAACUCCAUCAACGUUUGAUGCUGAACCAAGUAACUCAUCGGACAAUUUGGAAACUGGACCAAAUGUUGAUUUACAACCAGAGAAUUGCACUUUGACAGCUGAACAGGAGGAGAGGUGUUACGACCCAAAUGACACAAGGUUUACAUUCGUCGAUGGAGAAGAUCAAAUGGAUUUUGAGCUCAAUGACUACAAGUCUCUCAGAGCAAAGAUGUCCUGUGGUCAUACUGUGACUCCAACGUCUCUCAUCAACUGGUGUCGCAGGCAGCUGGACCAGGGUAAGAUGGAGUUUGUUUGUGGCCUAUGUGAUGCUGUGUGGUCAUUUGAAGAGGUUUGCAAAAUGGCUCUGCUGACUCCUGCAGAAACAACAUACAUUGAUAAAAGAAUGUUCAAUAGAGUCGCCAAAGAAUACUUUGGUGCCAAAAAAUGUCCCGGCUGUGAGAGUUUAGUGGUGAGAGAGGACCAGAAUGACCUGAGGGUUUGCUGCACAGUGUGCACACGUAACAAAGCAAGGGCUUACGAAUUCUGCUGGCAGUGUUUGAAGAAAUGGACACAUCCAUCUGAACAUGCUGACCACUGUGCAAACCCUGAAUGUGUUAAUCAGCCACUGGAAAUCCUGAGAAAGUGUCCCGAGAUCACCUUAAAGGAUGUUAAGAUGGUGACCAGCUGUCCCUCUGUCCGUGCCUGUCCCACCUGUGGGUUUCUGAUCGAGCACAGCACAAUUCACUGCAAAAGCAUCGUCUGUACCCGGUGUAAGAAGAAGUUCUGUUUUGUGUGCUUGAAGCUCUCUGCAGUCUGUUAUUCAUAUUACAGUGCUUGCACUGAUGGUGUCGCCCCAAGACAGACCUCUAUACCAGUAUGGAAGAGGAAAUAAGAUGACGUGUGAAAGAAUUAACAAUGCUGUAGUUUAUUUUUCUGUGGGGGGAUGUAUUACAGCAAUGUAGCAGACUGUCACUUCAGCAUGUACCUUAAGUAGGAAAACUGUCAAUGUUAAACUUGGUGCAGCCUGAUCAAAUGCCAGCAGGGUUUCUUUCGCAAAGCUGCAGAAUCAAACAGUGUAAAGAGCAAACUAGUUCAACUCUAUAAAGAGCCUCAUUUCAUAUCACAAGCCAUUCUGCUGCAUUUAUAUGAAUUACAAUCUAGAUCACAGAAGUAAAAGGUAAGCUUCUCACUCUGAGCAUGACAUCAUGGGAAUAUGGUGAAUUACCCCGCCUGUGACACAUGCCCAUGUGUAAUGUAGAUUAUUAAAUGCAACAGAAUAUAAUCAGUUAUGGUUAAACAGCAGUUUUCAGCCAAAUGUAUAUUUUUAUGAAAUGCAACACAGUAUUCAGUAAAGACUGAAUUUAUUGGUAUAUUCUGAUCUCAAGCCAGUUUGUGAAGGUGACAGUGUUUGAGGACUGUUUGGACUUUUUCAGGGAGCCAUAUGGGAUCUGCUUUAAAAUUAGAAGGGGAGCUUGAAAACUGCCAACAACUGGUUUGAAAGACAUUCACUGAGUGCAAUCAUUAUUUUAAAAUAUUUCAUACUGACUUCAAGUUUUAUCUCUUUCACCAUCAUGGAAAUAAUUGGAGUGAUAGUUAAGAAAAUGGAGGGCUUAGUGAUUUAUUUGAUUCUCAAGACACAUUGAGCAUCCAUAAUUAUACAGUUUAUUUCACACAAUGACAGUUUAUAACUCAGGGAUUACUACUUCUUGUAAUAUUUUGCUAAGUGGUGGUAACACAAAAAGGGGUC